UGAAAGUCCGCCACAUGUCCGCCAUAUCUAAUACAUCUUCUUUCUAUUAGUGACGUUCGUAUUAUUUUGUAUUAGAAUAGCUCUGUUGUGUAGAUAUUUGUUGUAUAAUUUAAUUAUUUUUUAGUUUAUCUAGUACACGGCCCUGGACGGAAUACACCAUGGAGUCCCCGAGAAAAUUCAACGAUUGUUAUUUUUACUACUACUCCACAUGCACUAAGGGGGAUAACUGUGUAUUCCGACAUGAGCCAUCUGCCCUCGGCUGUGAGACCAUGUGCACAGCAUGGCAGCAGGGCAAGUGUCUGGACAAACGCUGCAAACUACGCCACAUGGAGCUCAGGAAAAACCGCAAGCAGAUCCCGUGCUAUUGGGAGAACCAGCCCGGGGGCUGCCGUAAGAAGCACUGCCCGUUCAUGCACAAGAACCCUGACGCGCGCACCGACGGCAUCGCGCCCAGCCAGCCCGCGCCCCAACAACCUGCGGGCGUGGGCGUGUCCGCGUUGGGCGGCGUAGGCGUGGGCGGCGUGGGCGCGGGCGGUAUGGGCGCGGGAGGCAUGGGCGCGGGCGGCGAGGGCGCGUGCGAGCCCGCGCUGCCGCCGCAGCCCGCGCCGCCGCUGCCCAUGCUAUGGCAGCACCAGCAGCCCAGACAAGUGGUGCUCGACUCAGCUAUCCUGGGCGUGCUCCCAGGCAGCACAGAGCUCGUGGGCGGCGUUGGCCGGCGCGUGGACGCGGCGCCUGCCUACCCCCUUCCGGUGGACCCGCUCGUCGUCAACUUCGAGGAAGAGUCGGACACGGAGAGCGCCCCGUCGAGCACGCCCACCAAGCCGGCGGACGACAGCAAGCGGCACGAGCUGCUGCUGCUGGAGCGCAUCCAGGCCGAGGCCGCCGCCUUGUACAGCUACGACGCCCUGCCCCCGCCCGCCCCCACCGCCCGCGCCAACCUCAACAAGUACGACCGCCUCUCGCUCGACGAGAUCGCAGGUAAGAAGCACCCGCCCCCCGCCGAACGACGGAAAUCACUAGACUUCAAAGUCCUCUCCCUGGACGAAAUACGCGCCCGCAAGAAAACUGAAGCUGUCAUACAGAAACCCCCGAUAACACUCAACUUGUGCAGGAAAAGAAAGCUAUCCACGCAAGAGACUGUAACUACCUCAGGAAACAAAAUCAUUAAAGUUAUUAGAAGUAACUCUAUAGUGUACAAGAAAGUGGAUCCCGAAGCGCCUGCGACCGCAGCGGAGACGACCAAAGCUGAUCAAAGGCACAACGAACACGCUGACAGUAGAAAACGAACAAUGUCCGAGGCGAGCGAAGGCUACGAGAUUCAGGAGAAUGAAUUAGUGGACAAUUGUUACGAGUUCAAAAGAAUAAAAGUUGUCGAACAUACUUUCAAACCUAAACUGAUAAGGAACAGACCUGUAAGUUUAGAGAAAGCCAGCACGCAGGCGAGCGAAACAGAAGAUGCAAAUAAACAAGACGAUUCAGACUCAGAAGUACAAAUAAUAAGUGUAGAUUUAGCAGAGACAACGAAUAUAGAUUUAUCUGAUAGUGAAAUAAUAGAUGUAGAUUCUACGAAGAUGGGCGAGCCUAUAGAUAUUGUGGAUUUGAGUGACGAUGAUGACGUCACAGAAAGCGAUUUAGGUAUAAUUGUACCUGAUGUAGUGGCCAGUUGUCAGAAGAAGUUAGACAACUUAGACAAAGAUAUACUAAAAGACAUUGAUUCAAUAUUAAAUGAAAAUAAUGACAGUUUAGAUGAAGAUUUAUGAUUCAAAUGGUUAAGUGAUGAAUAAACGAAUGUACAAAUUUAAUUACUAGCGGACACGAGUAGAUUGUUAAGACGAUGAACAUUCUAAUCUAUGCAAUGUUAUUAGUGUUAAGGUUGUUUUAUACCAAGUUGUUUUGCAUUGUGUUGUUAGCCAUAUGCUGGACAAUGUUGCAAGCUUUAAUUGAUGGAAGUGAUUACAAUAAUUUUCUACAA